UUUUGUAUCGAUAGUGCUCUGCAAGUUCGUUUGUUAUUGUCCGAGUGACGCUGUCCUAGAAGUUGCAAUGUAGAUAUUUACGUAGUACAAAGGUGACAGUCUUGUCAUAACAUUUUACGAGAUGGCGGCAGCAGCAGUGGCUGCGCCGGGCCCGUCGGCGCCCACAUCCGGACGGGCGCCGCCCGUGGCGUGCCCGCAGUGCGGCGACUUCUGGAGGGUGGGCUCCCUGUUCGUCCGCGACUCCUGCGGCCACCGCAAGUGCCGCUGUUGCGUCAUCGUCGAGGGCAACGAGUGCGGUACCUGCAGCCUGCGGGCCAAAGCUGGCGAUGGUUCAGGCGGCUCGCCCGCGGCCGUGCCAAGUCCGGUGGCAUCUGCACAGGAAACAGCAGGUGGGCCUGCAGCUUUAGCGACAUGCAGCAGUGAGCCCAGUACUGCCGGAGCAAACACUGGGCCGUCCCCUGUACCAGAGACACCAGCUAGCAGCACACAGCCAGGGGACAGCACAGUGAAAACCUCGCCUAGCAGUGUGACUGCUAGCAACAAUAAAAAGAAAGACUUGCCUCAGCAAAACUCAGGGAAGAAGGUACUGGACGAACUGAACGUAACAAAUGCCAACAAUGUGCCAGAACUCGCGUGGGAAGACGGUGUCGAUGCCGAGGCCGUAGAUGACCCCGAUCCACUGCCGGAGGGCGGCAGACCAGCUGCGAAGAGGCCGCCACCACCGACACAUGGCGUUAUUAAGUUGCCUGGCUCGUCGGUGAUGUACUGCUGCACGAUCUGCGGCCACAAAUUCAAAUCGCGGUCCACCGUCAGGUACCACUACUACUGUGGGGUCGAGAACAAGCCGCUGACCUGUGAGCUGUGCAAGAAGGGCUUCGUCAGCAAGUCCCACUACGAGUACCACAUGAGGGACCACACAGGAGACUUGCCGUACAAGUGUGACGUCUGCGGGAAAGGAUUCAAGCAGAAGACAAAGCUUACACGGCAUACCAUCGUGCACACAGACGAUCGUAAGUUCAAGUGCUCUACGUGCGGGAAACAUUUUGCCGAAGCUUCGAACCUGAAGGUUCACUCGAGAUUGCACACAGGUGAGAGGCCAUACAAGUGUGACCAGUGUGGACGGAGCUUCAACGAGAGAGCCAAUUACAACAAGCAUGUCCGCAGCAUUCAUACAAAUGAGCGUCCGUAUGCAUGUGAAAUGUGCGGAAAGUGCUUUGCCCGGUCGGAAAACCUGAAAGUCCACCUGAGGCGACACAAGGGAAUCCGCCCAUAUGAAUGCCCAGUCUGCAGUCUGACUUUUUCGUACAAGAAGGACAUGACGAGGCAUAUGCCUAUACACGACCCUUCAGUGCGUCCAUUUGAGUGUGACAAGUGCUCCCAGACAUUCAAGCGGAAGGACAACUUGCUGCGGCACAUCAAGUUGUCCCACAGCGAGACCGAGAAGGAUGACGAGUCGCAGACUGUGGUGGGGGAGAGGAGUACGGAGGCAGAGAAAGUUCUGCCUCGAGAAAACCCUGCUGCUGCACACGGUGAAGAUGAGCAUCCAUAUGCAUGCAAAGUGUGCGGCAAGUGCUUAGACAGCUCAGAGAACCUGGAAGUCCACCUGCGGCUACACAAGGGAAGCCACCCCUAUGAAUGCCCAGUCUGCAGUUUGACUUUUUCGUACAAGGAGGACAUGAUGAAACAUAUGCCAGUACAUGAUCCAAGCACAGUGGAACCAGGAGAGGAGAAAACUGCAGAAAAAGCAAGAGAGGAAGCUAGCAAAUGUGUUGUAUCCCAAAGCAGUACUGCAGCUGAGACUGUUCUCACAGAUUCCAGUAUCGUUCCCACUCCUGUGAAUAGAGCAGCAACGGCCAAUAACUCGAUGUGCAUCAGCACUGUCACUGCAACGCAUGGAAAUGACAGGGGAACUGAGUAUUCACAGCCAACACCCGCAUGUACAGAUGAAACCAAACUGCCACCCGACAUGUCCGCUGCAUGUGGUAGCUCCUCGGAUGCCAACUCCAGCAGGCCUCUGCGCAAGAGGCGGGUGCGCGUCCCACCGGACCCGGCCGCGUGCUCCUCAUUCCCCGUAUUCCGACGCAACGUGACGCCUCCGCCGGGAGCCCUCCCGGAACCGCCGCGGGUGCCCCGCCACUGCCUUCCUGCUCCGCGCGAGCGGCACGUGGUGCUACGGCCUCCCGUGCCGGUGGAUUUCCUUGAGACGACCGGAGAGAAGAAACUGCUCCGUGCCAGAGGGAACGGUCGCAAACGGCUGAAGAGAGAGGUGGAAGCUGACACCACCGACAUUGAGAAAGUCGGUUUCAUUCAGAUUCCACAGUAUCCCCUGAAAGCACCGCCAGCUCCUCAGCCGGUGCCAGCCCACACCAGAGAGACCACCCCGUCUGGCGCAAAUGGCAGUCCGAAGGCAGCCGAGACGUGCGGAGCGGUGCCGGUCAUCAAGAGGUCCCAGCCCAGCAACUGCGUGCCGACCAUCACCGAGACGCCACAGCGGGCAGUGUCCACCAUCGUGAGUCCCAGAAAUCGUGAGCUGAGGCCGAAGCCUGUCCACACGGCACCCCCACUGCCACCGCUGCCCGCCUGCUCGCCACGGCCGAACCAGCCGAUGCUUCGCCUGCUGCUGCACGACACGCCAUGCUCAGACAUGCCGGAACCACCUCCCGGACCAGUACGGGCCGAGACACCGCCCGCACCUCCGGCUGUGGCACCCCAUUCCGCAGACGCUCUCGGACUGUGUGACGUUUACGAGUGCAUCCUCAAAGGUAACCUCGGUCAGCUGACCAGCGGAAGGCGGGUGCCGGAACGGCAGCUCCCCGCUGUGGGUGAAGCCGCCUCAGUGGAGAAACUGCGACAGCUGCCCUCCGCACAGGAGUUGACGUCUCCGGCACGGGAGCAGGUGGCAUCCCUUCCACAAGAGCAGUUUCGUGUCACAACUGUGUCGACGGGGAACGGGCCCUUAGAUAGCCAGCCUGCUGCUGGAACCAGGAAGCAGAAGAGCACACUGGAUGGCAAGCAGCCCCCAGCACCAAAUACCACUUACUUUGACACUUACUGCUCGUACAUAAAAAUGCAUGCAAAGAAACAGACAGUCUUCUGUGGAAAGAAGUCCGGCAAGAGCACGUUUAUCGAAGAGGAGCAGCGGCAUUCCGUGUAUGCGGAGGUGCGCCGGCCGGGGAAGCGGAUGAGCGCUAUUUCCGACAGGCUGUCGGACGAUAACGAAGAAGACGAUGACGAAGCACUCAACUACACGCUGUAUGGCUGCAGCUCUGGCGGCAAGAGGAUUCCGGAUGCGGACGGCUCGUACCCGCGCGACAGCUACCGCGCGUCCCACCGUGGUUCGCACGGCGACAAGACUGUGGACAUGUUCGACGUCAUCGCGGAACUCAGGAACUACACUGCUGAUGUCGCCGUUCCGUACAGGAGCGUGGGAACGGAAGUGACCGGUGGGGUCCGCAAUUUGUCACCGCACCAGGAUCCCACCACACCGUCGGGUGCACACCAACCGCACGUGAUCGUCGGCACUGGAAAGCUUUCCGAUGCACCGUACAGUUAGAAUGUUCUGUGUCAUCUUCAUUAAACUGUACCUGUUUGUGUUCAGUGUUCACAGCAAGGUCUAAUAUCUGCAAAAAUUUGGGAACAGGAGUCUUUUUUUAGAGACUACCAGAAGGUGUUAUACCUGUUACUUUGCUCAACAGCCAUGUGGGUGUACAAUGGGGCUCUAUGCAGGGCUGGAGCUGCCUUGAGAAGUGUUGCCACUUUGACAUUUGUAUACAGCAUGACAGGUGCUGGACAGGCAGCAUCAUAUUAGGCUCUUAGCACAUCCGAGUACUUCCUACCAUUAGGGUGGUGUAGACAGGUACCCAUUCACAUUCGGGAGGACGACAGUUCAAACCCAGAUCCGGCCAUCCCGAAAUAGGUUUUCCACGAUUUCCCUAAAUCACUUAAGGCAAAUGCUGGGAUGGUUCCUCUGAAAGGACACGUCAAUUUCCUUCUCCGUCCUUCCGUAGUCCGAGCUUGUGCUGUGUCUUUAAUGUCACGGACCGCCCAGUGUUGGCACGUUGUCAUGGUGCAGCUUCCAUCAGGCGGCAAUGUCUGGCUGCACUUGGAGAACACAUUUGGACAACGUUUCAAGCACUUCCAUGUAAAAUUGAACAUUCACAGUAUGUCCAGGGGGCACAAACUCCCGGUGAAAUACACCACGACAGUCAAAAAAGCAAAUGAGCAUAGUUUUGACCCUUGACUUGCUCAUUUUGGCUUCCUUCAUAUGUGGGGAAUUGGCAGUUUGCCACUCAGCGCUCUGGUGUUUGGCUUCCAGGUUGUACUCAAAACACAACAGUUUGUCACUGAUAAACACAUUGUGGAAAAAAAUGAUGUUUUCUUGGGCACAGUUCAGAAUUUCCUGGGAAAUUUGCACAAGAUUCAGUUUUUGUUCAUCACUCGGAAUUUUUUGCACAUACUUGGUGCACACCUUUCGCAUGGCGAAACCCUCGGUAACAAUUUUUUGUAUGUUGCCAUACGAAAUUUCGAACUCGUCAGACAAAUGUUUAAGCACCAGUCAGACUCCAGGAACAUCUUUACUUAGGUCACAUUUUCUUCAGUCCUCGGUGUUGAUGGGCAACUGGUGCACUGGUUGUUUUUGAUGGGCUCCCACCCCUCCCGGAACAGCUUGUGCUGCUUGGAAUACUGUUGAGAUGCUCAGGGCAGCAUCCCUGCAGGCGUCCUUAAUCAUUCUGAGGGUCUCCAUCACAGUUUUCCCAAGUUUCACAGAAUUUGAUGGCAUAGCACUGCUUGAGAUUUUUCUCCAUCUUGAAAUGCGAUUGCACUACUGAACAGAGGACAACAAAAAUCGAUGUGACCACUCUCUGCUUCCUCCGUUUGCACUACAGAAAUUCAGUCCUACUACUGUUUGAUUACACCUUGUAUGCUUUCACAUUCAGUAAUUGAAAUGUUGUGCUUGGCUGGAAAUUUCCCAAUGGGUUCCCAGAUGACAACAUACAUAUGUGGAAGAAGGGUGCCAUCUAAUAAAAUAACAGAUGUUUUCAUGUAUGAAUGGGUGGUUGUUGCACCUAAACACAUGAUACCAUAAAUCGUGUCUGUUCCCUUAAUGGAGUUAUCCCAGAACAUAACUCUUCAGCAAAUUUUGAUGAUCUGUAUUAACUGUCUGCUGUAGCAUAAAAUUAUACUCUUCCGUGAAACACCUUACUUUUGUAAUAAACUCGUUAGCUUCCUUUUCUACAUUAGCAGCAUCAUAAAAAAAAAUCUGCUACCAACUUAAUGUGUGGUCAUGCAAGAAACAAUCUUUUUUUUUUCUCUUGAGCCACUGCAACCAUGUUCUGGAAGCUUUGAAUAUUACAGUACCGUUUGGAUCAAUUUGUGCUUUAAAAGGCAUCAUCCAGAGUCGUAACAUUCAGUUGUAUAUAAAUCAACAGAUCAUGUACCUCAUGAGUUAUUCUUCAUUGUAGCACCUUCCUAUUUCUGCCAUGUCAUUUGAGCAUUCUUUUUGAAGUUUUGCAGAACUGUGCCCCCCCCCCCCCCCCCCUUAUUAUGAUAGUAAAUUUGACUCUAAGUGUCGAUGUGUUGGGCUAGUCGAGGAGGGCACCAUUGUGGAUCAUCAUUUCCUCUUGGCUGCUUUGUCCAUAUUUUGUAAGCAUCAGCCAAGUAACCUUCAGGAAAUUUUGUUCUAUUUGUCUUUGGUGGUGUAUAAUGUGAAGAAACACUGCUCCGUGACUGCCAUAUAAUACUUCACUGCAGUCUUAAGUCAUCUCUUUUCUAGCUGUAUCAUUGAAUCAUCCCAAAAUCAUUUUCAAUAUCAUUUUCAUCAGUGACUUCUUCAUGUACUCUUCUGUACUCUUCGGCAUUGAUGUCUGUAUCAAGUAGCUGUUUUCUAAUCUGUCUGCAAACUAUGUGAUUGACUCUAGUUUGCCUUUCCUUUGAAAUACCUGAAAAAUCCAGUAACAAAUUUUAUAGCCACUUUCAUUUUGUAAUAAACUACACAUACAGCAUGUCGCAUUCAUCUCUAAUAUGUGACAGGCAGUCCGGUCCCACGUCUGCUCAUUUCCUUGCACUCCUCAUUCCCCCCUCUCUCCUACAUCUGAUGGUCCACAGCACAUCAUAUAACACCAAAUGUGUUUUCUUGUGUUCUGAAACAUAAAAAAACUGGUCUCAUUCAGAAGUCAGUGACAGCUAUGUUUAUCUUUCCUUGCAAGUCUACAAGUGCCUUGAAAAUAGUUUGUCUUUCAUUAGUCUUUCUUCCAUUUCUAAGCAUUUUUCUAUUCUUCUGUAAAUUCUUCUACCUCAUAGUUUAAAAGUUAGUUAUUGUAAGCUUACAAUAUGGUGAUGUUCUGUAGGAUACCGUGUCCACAAAAUAAUAAUUGGUCGCACAGGAAUUAAAUGCACUCAGGGGAAGCGAUUAUGUGACAAAGUGCACAGCAUAAUGUGACAUUGAGCUUACGAGUCGCACGUCGGCUAUUUUUUAAUCUGUCGGAACUUCCAGUCUUCGGUGUGGAAAGUUGUAUAAGCAGACCCGAUAGGCUGGAGUCCUUUGGAUGCCGCAACAAUCCAGAUAAGAGAUCUCUUAUCAGUUCAUGCCAAUGUUAGUUUCUUGGCCACUGCAGUUAGUAGGAAAUUUUACUGACAGACAGAUGAGUGUGGAACUGCAUGUUUCACUGUCACUGAUAUAAUCUGCACAAAAACUCUGUACUGUGGAAACUUUGUGAGCUGUCAGACAAACUGUCCAGUAGAAUUCACAUCUAUAUGUCCAGUCCUUCCUCAGUAGUAUAAUGAUAAAUGAUAUUCGUUUGCUUACAGAACUGAUGUAAGACUGAAAAAUGAACAGUUUAAUUACUAAUCCUUGGUGAAAUCUUUGACUUUUGUAAGAAAUGAAGGACCCGUGCAAUUGCAAACACAGUUAGCUGCUUUUACCAUGAAAGCUCCAAAAGUACAUGAACUUCAGUUACUGAUAGGUUUUAAGCUAUUUAUCUUUGUAUAUAUGAUAUGAUUUGUAGAUGUACAUAUAUUUGUACAGUUAAUCCUUUCAAUCACAACUUACUGUGCUAUUACAUAUAUACAGAAUUAUAAGACUAUUAUCUACUGCGAAAACUUCUCAGAUUGAUUCUUUUCAGUAUAUUACCUGAACGUACAAGAAAUGUGACUGUUGAUAUCACUUAAAAAUUUGUUUAUAUUGGCGAAUUAGUGUGUUCUUAGUCUUCUUCAACAGUGUCAUUAAGCUGUGACUAAUUUCAUGAAAUUCACCAACUCGGUAGCAAAGGGUGAUGAGCAGUUUGCUGUGCACUUGUUCUUGUGCUCUUCUGAAAAAUAUUGUAUAUGAGGUCUGACGUGUAAUGAAGGAGAUCAGUGCAGCAAAUUUGUCAAUUUAUCAAAUAUGUUCAGUUAAUGGCAGGACCCACCUGAGUUGACAUGUUACCACUAACUUUUUGUAAUAUGGGUCUGCUACUUGUACAAAUCAUUUAAAAGAUGGCUGAUGACAUUUAUAUUCCGCUACUACAAUUUCAGCGUGCCUUUGUCGAGCAUAAAUAUUCGGUUACAUGUCACGGCACAGAUAGUAGGCAACAACUCUGGCUACUGCCACAAGCAAACAUCUGGUAUUUAUAUGUAGACUUAAAUACAGUGUGGUCUGUAGGCUUGGAAUCACAUUUUUAAAACAAAUGUGAGUGGAUAAACAUAAAUUUAAAAUCAAUCAGUAGGAGAUGGGAGAGAGGGGGGGGGGGGGGGGGGGGACCAAUGAGGUUAUGUUAUGAGGUUUGGAAGUUGUCAUCUUGGAUUCAGUCCACAAUUUUCUAGUGGAGGGUGUGGGGGUCAUGUGAUAUAUAAGACAGAUAGAGAAUUCCACAAGAAAAACAGUGGUAUCUGUCAUUUGAGCACGACUUCAUUCGUUUUCAAGUUAUGUCAUGUUCUAUGUGGCCAAAAUUCUCAUUGUCCAGGGCCAGCUCACCCUGGUUUCCAUCCUUCCCUAAUCUGAUGGGACCGAUGACCUCACUGCUUGGUCCCCUCCCCCAAAUCAACCAAUACGUGUGGCGAGUCCUGUUCUCAGUAUUCUACAGAACAGCAAUUCAUGUUGCUUCAUCUGUAGCCAUUUUUUACUAUCCAUGUUUUGGUUAAUCUCUGUGACACAGCCAAUUACGCAGAAUUUCUUGAGGAGUUUCACCUUUGCACUGUGAGUAAGGGGUGAUAUAUCUGGGUGGUGUAGAUUGAAACCCUCUGCGAUAACACAGGUGCUCCUCUCUCCUUAUACCGGGACAAUCCCUGUGUGUGUGUGGCUCGUGUUAGUACCAUCAAGUUGUAUAAGCAGGAGAUAUCAGUAAUAACUUGAGAAUGAAUAAAGCUACACGCAAAUGAAAGGCACCAUUGCUUUUCUCAUACAAUUCUCUAUCCAGUCUAAUAUGUCACAUGACCCGCUUUUCAUUGAAAAAGUACAAGUUGCGUACAGGAUAACAACUUUCAAAAUGGCUGCCAUGCCAUUAACAGCUAACCUACAGUUCACAAGUUGACUUCUGUUCACAUUUGAUGCUAGGUACUUGGUAAACACCGUAUCGGAUCCCGUAAUUUCAUACCAUAACUUGUGUGUUACAAAAGCAUGUCAUUUCAAGGCAACGGCACAUUAAAAAUUUUUAAAGACACGUCAUUCUUGGUAUGAUUUGUUCUACUUAAAUGUCAUAUAAUGACAUGUUGUUGUUGUUGUUGUGGUCUUCAGUCCUGAGACUGGUUUGAUGCAGCUCUCCAUGCUACUCUAUCCUGUGCAAGCUUCUUCAUCUCCCAGUACCUACUGCAACCUACAUCCUUCUGAAUCUGCUUAGUGUACUCAUCUCUCGGUCUCCCUCUACGAUUUUUACCCUCCACACUGCACUCCAAUGCUAAAUUUGUGAUCCCUUGAUGCCUCAAAACAUGUCCUACCAACCGAUCCCUUCUUCUAGUCAAGUUGUGCCACAAACUUCUCCUCUCCCCAAUCCUAUUCAAUACCUCCUCAUUAGUUACGUGAUCUAUCCACCUUAUCUUCAGUAUUCUUCUGUAGCACCACAUUUCGAAAGCUUCUAUUCUCUUCUUGUCCAAACUAGUUAUCGUCCAUGUUUCACUUCCAUACAUGGCUACACUCCAAACAAAUAUUUUCAGAAAUGACUUCCUGACAAUUAAAUCUAUAUUCGAUGUUAACAAAUUUCUCUUCUUCAGAAACGCUUUCCUUGCCAUUGCCAGUCUACAUUUU